UCAAGGUCCUUGAUUCAACAUCACUCAGCUUUGGGACAAGAGUGAAGUGGUUUGCAAUUUGCUUUAUCGUUGGAGUUUGCUUUUCAAUUCUUGGAACAGCUUUUCUGUGGCUUCCAGGUGGAAUCAAAUUAUUUGCAGUGUUUUAUACAUUAGGAAAUAUUGCUGCUCUUGCCAGCACCUGCUUUCUCAUGGGACCAUUGAAGCAACUGAAGAAAAUGGUUGAUCCAAACCGUUUGUAUGCCACCAUUAUUAUGUUGGCUACUUCCUGCUGUAGCCUGCUGCAAUACAUCAGCCCGAAAUUUAUUAUAUGCUGGGAAACAGUUAUCUUAGUGGCCAAAGUUAUGCUUCGCCUUAACGCUGUGUGCAGUCUUUUGGUGGCACAAGAGAGGACUGGCCCUUCUCUUCUGUAUAUUGCAGUUCCUGGCAAUAACUUGGUAUAGUCUGUCAUACAUUCCCUUUGCAAGGGAUGCUGUCAUAAAAUGUUGCACUUCCUGCAUAGGAUAAAUCUGGAAGAUGUAAAAGUAGACCAGACUUCGAUACUUUCAGAAGGUUG